CAUUAAGCAUUCAAAGCCAUGCUCUCUACAGUGUAACUAACUAUUCUAUCAAGGAAUUGAUGAUUCGGAGCCUUUGGUAGCAGUCAUGCCGCUGGCGCCAAGUGACGUGUUCAACUCCAUCAGGAUAAGAAAUCAUUGAAUUGUCCCCAGACUGCCAAUCCAAAACCAAUGUUUAUACCGUAUAUCCGCUCCAAUGAGGACACUAAGGUAUCCCGUCGAGCAAUUCGCACAUUCGUUGCUGUGCAGGCGGCCCGAAAACGGAAGCGUGUCCAGAGUUCAAUGUUUAAUGUGGAAUGCCUUGCGGAUUGGACGAUGACCAGCCAGAAGGAUCCGCGGCGUGAUCAUGCGUCAAGCCCUCCGGAUGAAAGCGUUCAUGGCCUGGACUUGCAGCCCACUAUGGCAAGGCCAGUCGCUGCCGGCAAGCUUUACCUAAUGCAGUCCGUACACCUGCAGUCUCAAGGGCCUUUUACAUCGAGGGGACUCUCCUACUACUUUGACGAGAUGUCCCCGCGGAAUUCAGGCGCUCUUGGGCACGGCCCUUCCCAGGGACAAUAUUAUGGAUCAGUGAUUCUAUACUGGUCCUCUAGUCAAGAGAGCGUCUUACACGGGCUUGUUGCAUGGGGUCUGUGUACUCUGGAGUCGCAGCAAAGAACCAACGACCGCGCACAUGGUGCAAUCCGAUACCAUCGCAGAAAGCUACUUGGUGAAGUACAGCGGAUGCUCUCUGGCCAUGUUGUCGACGACGUUCUCAUCUCCGCCCUCUCUCUCCUAAUCGCAGUCGACGACUACCUUGGCCAUGUCGAGUAUAGCCGGGCGUAUCUCACAGGCCUUGAUGCCGUCAUCGAGGUGCGUGGCGGCUAUAACCAGCUGGGCUCGUCGAUUCCGGCCAUGAGGAAUGAUGUGCAAGUGUCGACUCUGAUUGUCAGAAGCCUAUUACUGGUCCAUGCUAUCGAUGCCGAGCCUCCUCUAUACACGCAGACUAUGGAUCCGCCCCUUUCACUUCAUAUCCCGCCAGACCUCCCGUGGGGGUUUAUAGCCCUUAUCCAGCGAGGCCGUCUCUCGCACAGCUCAGUCGAGAUGCUGCACAGCUUCUCCGGAUGGCAGAAUAAGCAAGGGGGGCCAAGACCCAAGCAUAGCCCCCAUCUGACGCUACCCCGCGCCUCUCAAGAAACUAACCCCCAUUGAAAAAUGCAUAUUUAUUGCCUUGUUAUGCUUAGCCGACGACAUUAGCCAUAUCGCCUUACACCCGGCGGCUACCAUCUACAGGCAGGCAACGAAGCGAGCAGACAUGAUUCAGAAUAUGCAGCGUGUGUGGGAUGAUCCGUCUCUGGGUGACUGCCUGGUCUGGCUCUGGAUGGUGACUCUGACACCAAGGAAUGCGGAACAUACACUUUACGGCGUGCAGCGUGAGCUUUUUAGAUGGCUCUGCUUAAUGCGAGGGGAUGUAUUGACAUGGGAGCCUAUUCUGUCGAUACUUCAGACCUUUUUCUAUGACCAAGGCCGUGUCCUGGCGUGGCAGACUAUAUGGAAUGUGGUGCUGGAUGGCAUGCAAAACAAAUUCACUCAGCAUGAUAUAGUAGCAU